AUGGAGCAGCAGGCCAAGGAACCGAACGCAAUUCCAUUCUAUGGAGUCACCAUGAGCCAAGUCGCGAAACGGAAGAGGGUUUACCGUGCUGAAGCUGCAAAGUUCAGUGAGCUUCUCGGAGAACAGGGAGAUCGUCUUGUGGAGGAGCUUUUGCCAGACCCAGAGAGCAAUAUCUCCAAACGUGAAUGGGAGCGUAUAUUCUUUGUGGCUAAGACCCACACGAGAAUGCUUCUGGACCAGCUAGUCACCAAGGAGCAGCCCUGCAGACCUGCAGACCAGCUGCCCCGUGUAAUUCGUUGUGCUACUCAUGAAGUAGCAGCCAUGUAG